AUGUUCGAGUGGUUUGGCGCAACAACCUACCGCCUAAAAACUAGAGGCCUCACAAUCUUCCUUGACACAUGGCUUGACCGCCCCUCCACACUACCACAAUACCUAUCUACGUCCAAUGUAACGGAAUGCGACUACAUCUUCAUCUCGCACGCACACUUCGACCACCUCCCCGGUGCCGACAAGAUUGCCAUCCGCACGGGUGCCACAAUCUUCGGGAACGGAGAAGUCAUAAAUGUCAUGCGUGCUGCCGGUGUACCCCCCUCACAGCUUCUCCCAAUCGCCGGAGGUGAGCGUAUCCCGUUGGGUGCCUCAGGGGUUGUGGCUCACGCAUACCCUUCGCUCCAUUGCCUCAUGCCUCCUGGAGACCAUUUUAGCAUGCCAGAGACGUUGGAUACAGGGACGGUGUAUCUUGGUGCACACUUGACGUGA